AGUACGAACCCGGCCGCGCCGCGGCAAGCGCGUAUUGCGCUCCACACGACAACCACCAACACAAAUUCCCAACAGAUUUCAGUUUCCAUGUCGACCCAGCACUCUGCCAAUUCUGAACCAAGACUGUACCCCGACAAUAACUAGUUCGUAAGUUUAAUGAAAAACGUAAACAAUAUCUCGAAUGUGACUGAUAUAGUGAAAGUAAACAAAUGACGCAAUCAGCGUUUAGAGCGCGAGUGAAAGUGUAGUCUGUGGCGCGCCGUGGCUGAACGCGAACGUAUCAUCGCAUUAAAAAAAUCAAAACGUCAAAGUCAAGAGUACGCGCCAAAAUAAUUGUCAAGAUUUAGUUUUUUUUGUGAGUGGAGUGAGUUGUGUAGUAAGAAGGUUUCGGCGGUGAAGGCUGUGUUGUUAUAGCUAAACCGCCCCUAUCGCUCGGCCAAUGGCGGGGAGGGUGCCGCCCCCGCGCGGCUCCAUGCCGCAUGUCUGCUUCGCGGUUACGCUCCUGAUACUCGUCGCCGACACAGUAACAUCUCGUCGUCCGGAGCCGUACUACGGCCGCCUGAUUGGUCGGCUCACACAGUAUGCGCACGGUAUCAGAGGAACCGUGUACGCAGUGGACGAGAGCACAGUAUUUGUGCGCGGUUUCGCCUACGAUGGGACAGGUCCUGAUGCCUACUUCUGGGUGGGGGACUCUCCUCAGCCAAGCCCUGAGGGUAUACUGGUCCCCUACCCUGAGGACUAUACCACAAGGGACCCCCCGAUACUGUCGGCGCACAGUAACUCAGACAUACUGCUGAAGCUGCCCGGAGGCAAACGACUCAGGGACAUCAAGUGGAUCAGCGUUUGGUGUCGGAGGUUCACUGUGAACUUCGGUGACGUAUUCAUCCCUCCGGGUCUGGACCCUCCCCGGCCUCGUGUCCUGCCAGAAUUUAAACGUCUGGCUCACGGAUUAAGGUCUGGCAACAUCAGUGUGCUGGACGCCAAGACCUUCUAUAUACCAAACCUGCAUUAUGAUGGAGCAGGGCCUGACGCCUACUUCUGGGUGGGCAAUGGAUCUGAACCAAAUCCUUUUGGAACUAAGGUUCCCAACGAGAUGGGAUCCCUCCAUCCUUUGCGCGGCUAUCAGGGCGAGGACAUAGAGAUCCAGCUUCCAGGCAAGCUAACAGCGUACGACAUAGAUUGGCUUGCAGUGUGGUGUGUUGAGUACCGCCACAACUUCGGCCAUGUCUACAUACCUAAGGAUCUGGACGUGCCGCCGGCCUUGGGACAGACCAAAAUUACUACUAGCUCAACAACAUCUCAGUCGCCAUUCAGUGCCACCAACAACUGCAAGGAGAUUCUCGACAAGAGGCUACAAGUGCGCUGGGAGAUACAGGGUGACCAAGUCCAGAUAACCCUGUCCGCCCGGCUCCGCAAGGAACAGUACAUGGCGUUCGGUAUCUCAGGAGCUGAAGGUAGACCUGCCAUGCUGGGAGCCGACGUCGUCGUUGCUUAUUGGGAUACCAGGGUGAACCAGCCUCGCGUGGCAGACUACUCCAUUAGCCACCUGGCGCAGUGCGACGGAGAGCGCGGAGUAUGUCCCGACCAGAGGAUCGGCGGGACCAACGAUGUGCAACUUGUAUCAGGCAACCAAAAGAACGGUAUAACAACGAUUACGUACCGCCGUCCUCUCGCCGCCAAGGAGUCAGUGAGGGACAAGGAGAUCCUCACUUCAAGGUCGCAGUCUGUGAUCGCGGCCUUCGGACCUCUCAACUCAAGAUACGAAGCUAACGCCCACUCCUUCAUGGACACCACCAGGAAUGAUGUGCAACUGGACUUUGGAGCUCAGAACGAGAACACAUGCAUUGGCCUGGCAGAGACAGACUCCUCAGGUCCAGCACCUUGGCCUGCACGCGUCAUCUCCGGCGUUACCAACUUCACAGCACGCAUUGGGCCUGCCGCAGGCGCACGAGGGUACUCGGCACUCACAGGUCACCCAUCAUGGGGCAUAGCCUGGUACAUCAACGACCAGCUGAUCCCCGAGAUAUACGUGGAGCGAGGCAAGACCUACACCUUCUUCGUCGAAGGAGGGGACGACCGCACCAACCCUGCCAAGUUCCACCCGUUCUACAUCAGUGACUCCUCAGAGGGAGGCUUCGGACAGAAGAAAGAGGAGGACCAGAGAAAACAACGCGUGUUCGCUGGAGUCGCGUACGAUAACGAGGGAUACCCAUAUCCCACUGCUGUGGGUCGUUACUGCGAGUGGACCCACAAGACUAUCGACCAGUCGGCCGCCUCGGAGACCUUCGAGGAUUACAUGAAGACAGUACAGCUCGAGUGCAAUGAUGGAGAGCCCGCCGUGCUUAACUGGACCGUAGCGCACGAGACACCUGACCUCGUCUACUAUCAGUGCUACACGCACAACAACCUGGGUUGGAAGAUCCACGUGGUGGACCCUGGCACGGCGGUGCCGGUGGCCGGAGAGAAGCACGCGCGCGUCAAUGGCGGCGCGCUGUCCGCCGCCGCCGCCGCGCUGGCGCCGCUCGCCCUCGCCGCCGCCACACAUCUCGCCAACUGGCUCAGAAUAGGACAUGGAAUAUGGUUCUUCAUAAUCUCCGACGGAAACGAAGACAAUAAUUUUGAAUCUGUAUUCUGUAACGAAAACCCACUGCCAGAGGAUCAGCCAUCAGAGACGGUGGACAAACCCAAAGACAUGGUUCCCAAACCUGUCUCAGACAAGCCUGCUACUACAGUACCAGUACCGGUGGUCACUGCACCAGAGGCAACACCUCGGCUGACCACUCCCAUGUUUUCCAAGACCUCUCCGAAUGACUUGUACAGGAGACUGCUGCCUGCAAUGCUAUUUGUCUUGACUUUUGUGACAGUUAUGACUAUGCUACUCAUCUACAUGGAUACAGUUGCACUGGGCGCCCAGAAGUUCCGCGCGAACAUGUCGCGAGACUACGAGCUGGCGAACAUAGCGCAGGGCUCUGCGGCUCUGGUGGCCUUCGUGCAGCAGCUGCACCUGGCGCCGCGACACACCACGCCGCCCUCGCGCCCGCCGCCCGAACCUACGCCGCAGGUCGAGGUCAUGGACAGACUCUUUGGUGAAAUUAAACCUGUACACUUCGUCUAUGUGAUUCCUGUAUACUCCCCCAAACUUCUCGGUGGGAAUGCCCAUCGAAAUUACAACGGUACAUUCGUGGAGUUCAUCCCCCGCGGGCCCCGGUCCCAGACGUCGGAGUACCUAGAGCGCGCGCGCGGCUGGGACGGGCUGGUGGUGCGCGCCGCCGCGCGGGACUACCUCGCGCUGCGCGGCGCCGCGCGAGCCCUGCAUGCCUGUCUCAGCCCCACUGCGCAUCCUAGGGAGGUGACGUACUCGGAGUCAGGUGGCGCGGAGUCAGUGUUCAGGUCGCGCGUGCUGUGCCUGCCGCUGCUGACGGUGCUGCUGGCGGGGGCCGCGCCGCGCGCCCACCUGCUGCAGCUGGCCGGCACGCACGCGCUGCCCGCACUCACGCAUCUGCCCUUCGAGGACCCCAGGCUGCAUCUACAGAUGAUAGAAGUGGAAUUCACAGAUGACACAAUCCGCAACAAGACGACACAGUUCCUCCUGUCCAAGAACUACACAGUGGCGGCCUCUUUCGAAACUAGCGUCAUGUACGCACUAAGCAACUCCACGCGACACUGAGCGCCGCUAGAGGGCGUUGCUGGCACUUUGAUUACAUUAUUUCGUAAGUAUAUGAGAAAUGUCGCGAUGUUUAGUUGUGUUUCGUGGAUAUUACAGU